AUGGAAGUUAUUUCAUCAAAACGGUACAUUUUAUUAACUUUAGCUAUGUUGAGCUUGUUGACAUCAAAUAGCUUUUGUGCAGAUGAAUUAAUGAUGCCCAGUCUUCACAGCAAGGAAAAUUAUCACAAAUAUUCUGAGCCUACAAGAACCCCUAGAGGGGAAAAGGAAACAAAUCACAACUUUGAACAAUUAAAAGAUUGGGGGCCAAAAAAUGCCAACAAGAUGAGUUCACCCACUGUCAAGAAAAUGCCACCCGCUGCAGCCAAUUUGCCAUUGCGAUUUGGGAGGACCACAGAAGAAGAAAGGAAUGCAGGUGAAAGGGUCAACCUGCCUCUGAAAUUUGGAAGGUACAUGAAAGAAGGCAUCUCAAGACGUGUUCCUAAUAUGCCCCAAAGGUUUGGCAGAACAACUCAAAGUGUCACCAAGACACUGAGUGAUUUGCUCCACCAGAAGCAUUCACCAUCUGCGGUCAAGUUGGCACCCCUCGGGAUCUGUCAGCCUCAACAUAUUCAGAAUCCUGGUCAAAAGCACCCAAGGUAA